AUGUUGGUAGGUAACCAGUUUCCUUUGCUUUGCGAAGAUUUGAUGGAAGGACCCGCCUCCUCUCUUCCGGAUGACUAUCGAGCCAUUGAUACGAGCGCCCUAACGUGCACUCCAAUUUCCCUUUCAAGUAUCUUUUCAUCUUAUCAAUCGAAUGCAGAUUCAAACGAAUUAUUCGUGGGAGUGGAGAAUUUCAAAUCUGCAGGAUAUCUAGCCAAGUGGCUCCUUUGGACUUGA